GAAGUAAAAGCUCCAGUAUUUUCCCCUCUCUCACUCUGGGCGCUGUGUGUGUUUUUUCUCGAGCGCGUCGCGAGGAUAUGGAAGAUGGCGAGCGCGGAGACAGCGGCAGAGCACGAGCGAAUCCUGCGUGAGAUUGAGAGCACAGACACUAACUGCAUUGGACCAACGCUCCGGUCUGUUUAUGAUGGACAGGAACAUGGACUCUUCAUGGAGAAACUGGAGGGGCGGAUCCGCAACCACGACCGUGAAAUUGAGAAGAUGUGCAACCAUCACUUCCAGGGCUUUGUGGACUCCAUUACUGAGCUGCUCAAAGUGCGCGGGGAAGCCCAGAAACUCAAGGGUCAGGUGACUGAGACCAAUCAGAAGCUACAAAAUGACGGCAAGGGGCUCCUGACGUCAAUGGAUGAAUUGAGACAGUGCCGUCUGCAGCAGAGGAAUAUCGCCACCACCAUUGACAAACUCACACACUGCUUACCAGUGUUGGAGAUGUACACCAAACUGCAGGAACAGAUGAGGACUAAAAGAUACUAUCCAGCUCUACGAACCCUGGAACAGUUGGAGGAGAGCUGUUUGCCUCAAGCGGGAUCAUAUCGUUUCUGCACCAUCAUGGCAGAGAAUAUCCCACGCCUGCGCACGCACAUCAGAGACGUCUCCAUGUCUGACCUCAAAGACUUCCUGGAGAGCAUCCGCAAGCAUUCGGAUAAGAUCGGAGAGACUGCCAUGAAACAGGCACAGGUGCAGAUCGCUCGUGAUAAUGCCGUGACAUCAAAGCAGCGGUCAGCGAGUGGACGGAGGAUACGGAAGGAAGCAUGCUCAGGCACAGAGGUGGACAGAACUGAAAGCAACCCCUUCUCAGAACAGGAUUCUGGGAUAUUGGAUGUGGAGUAUGAAGAGGAGGAUGAGGUUCCUGGUGCGCAGGACUUGGUGGACUUCUCUCCUGUGUUUCGCUGUUUACACAUCUACACUGUAUUGGGUGCCCGGGACACGUUUGAGAACUACUACAGGAAGCAGCGGCGGAAACAGGCCAGACUCGUGCUGCAGCCUCACUCUAACAUGCAUGAAACGUUAGAGGGAUACAGGCGCUACUUCAAUCAAAUUGUUGGUUUUUUUGUAGUGGAGGACCACAUCUUGCACACCACGCAGGGCCUGGUAAACAGGGCUUAUGUGGAAGAAUUGUGGGAGCUGGCUCUUUCCAAGACUAUUGCAGCCUUGCGUACUCAUUCAUCUUAUUGCACUGAUCCAGACCUGAUUUUAGAUCUGAAGAAUCUCAUAGUGCUGUUUGCAGACACACUGCAGGGUUAUGGUUUUCCAGUAAACCAGUUGUUUGACAUGUUGCUGGAGAUGAGGGAUCAAUAUGGGGAGAUACUGCUGAAAAAGUGGAACCAGUCCUUCAGGCAAAUCUUGGAUCAGGACAACUACAGCCCCAUUCCCGUGGCGUCCCCUGAGGAGUACCAGCGGAUCGCAGGCCAAUUCCCCUUCCAGGAUCCGGAGCUCGAGAAGAUGCCUUUUCCGAAGAAGCUGCCAUUUUCUGAAUUUGUGCCUAAAGUAUACUCCCAAAUCAAAGAAUUCAUCUACGCCUGCCUGAAAUACUCUGAGGACUUGCACCUUAGCUCAACAGAAAUUGAUGACAUGAUCCGUAAAUCUACAAAUCUCCUGCUCACACGAACCCUUAGCCACUGCCUACAGUAUGCCAUAAAGAAGAAAAACGUAGGACUGGCAGAGUUGGUUCAGAUCAUCAUCAACACCACUCACCUGGAGCAGUCCUGUCACUACCUAGAAGGGUUCAUCUCCAACAUAACCAACGUGCCUCCUGACACCAUUAAUGCCACCAAACUCUAUGGAACCUCAACCUUCAAGGACGCAAGGCAUGCUGCUGAAGAGGAGAUCUACACUAACCUGAAUCAAAAGAUUGACCAAUUUUUGCAGCUGGCUGAUUAUGAUUGGACAGCAGUACAGGGAGGUGGACAGGCCAGUGACUACCUGAGUGACCUCAUUGCUUUCCUCUGUAGCACCUUUGCAGUGUUCACUCACCUGCCCGGCAAUUCUAUAGAGCACGCCACACUACCGGGGAAGGUGGCUCAGACGGCAUGUAUGUCAGCCUGUAAACACCUCUCCACCUCCCUGCUGCAGCUGCUGUUGGAGGCUGAUGUCAGGCAAGUGUCUAUGGGAGCCCUGCAGCAGUUCAACGUGGACGUCAAAGAGUGUGAGAGGUUUGCCAGGGCCGGCCCGGUGCCUGGCUUCCAGGGGGACACUCUGCUGCUCGCCUUCAUCGACUUGAGACAAUUACUGGAUCUCUUCACUCAGUGGGACUGGUCCACGUAUCUGGCUGACUACGGCCGACCCACCUGCAAGUACCUGCGAGUCAAUCCUCACACGGCUCUGGCCCUCCUAGAGAAGAUGAAGGACACCAGCCGCAAGAACAACAUGUUCGCUCAGUUCCGUAAAAACGAACGGGACAAGCAGAAGCUUAUAGACACUGUUGUCAAACAGCUGAAAAAUCUCAUCGCCACCAACCAAGCCUGAGAAAGCCAACGCAUCAGCAGACGGCCCACGUCCUGAUGAUUUGCCACCAUCAGAGCGUGUAGACUACGCUUGCACAUCUCCAUUAGUUGGGUAUAUUGUUCUUUUAACACAAAGACACUUGGACUGACACAUACACAUAUUAAUGCUCCUCUCUGAAAGGUGCACCUGCUAAACCAUCCCGUGCCUGUGUGAUAUGGUGUCCAUGUCUUCCUGUGUACUAACUGAACACAUUAAGGACACCAAAUCACAUUUUGUUCUUUAAAACUGUUUUUUGUUGCGUUUUAUUAUCUUGUAUUGUUCUUUUGUCACACUAACUUCCUGUCUCACAAUUUGAAUUGCCUUUACAACAGAUCUAAAGUAUUAUUUAUCUUAUUUUUGAAUUUGACAACUACAGUUGCACUGUAGUGUGGAUAUUACUUUUAUUGCUGCAAAGUUAAAGGAAAUUGAAACACUAACUAUGCUUGAACAUUGCUGUCAUAAUUUGUCAAGGG